AUGUUCUCUGACUACGUCCUCAACGCACUGUACGGGUCGUGCGGUAUCGACAUGUGUUUCUCGCUCUUGCGUGAGCAGAGUGCAAACGAGCUGGCGAUUCCAGACGGGCUGUACAUCUCGCUAAUUGAUCUCGGCACCACCAUUGGUUUGAUUGAGCGCACGCUGCAUAUUGCGUACAACAUGGAGUGCGAGGGCUGCCAUCUCUCAUCGAAGCAGUUGUACGCGUUGAUGAUGCGUUGUCUCUCGGACGGCGAAAUUUCGGAGUUUGUGCGGACGUUUGUGCUGUAA